GAAUUCAAUACAUUCUUGCGUAAGAACGCGGAAAGAAAGGCAGUAUGAGAACGAUUGGAACAAAAUAUCUGAUACUUCUAGUUACAUGCAUUUACGUGGAAAGUUCACUCAAUUUAGGUCCCCCUGGACCACCUGGACCACCUGGAGAUAGUAGACCAGAUUAUGACCAACUAGCAAAAAAAGAUUACGGAAUGUUAGAUCAAAGACUUUACGAAGAAAAAGAUCGACGAAAUCAAAUGUUUAAUCCAAGACAACUGGAUGCCCAUGAUCAAGCUCUUCAGGCCAUGUUUGGCACAGAGUCUAACACAAGAGAACAACAGGAUGAAAUAUCAAGUCGCAGAUAUGAUAUGUUGAACGAUGAUGUUUAUGUGGCGGAAGAUCAUCGGGAGAAAGAAAUGUUAAACCAAGGAUUCAUGACAUCACGUGAUCAAGCACAGCGAGCUAUGUCACAUCGCAGAUUUUUACGGGAAAAAGAUCAACGGGAGAAAGAGAUGUUAGGAUUUAUACCGGCUAGCGAUUACUGGAAUGCCAACGGAAGAGAAAUAAACGAUGGAGAAAUUUCAAGUCGUCGAUUAAACCAAAAUGACUUCGUGGCAAGGGAUCAAAGAGUUCUAGAAAUGAUGAGACAAAAAUUUCUUACAGCACGUGAUCAAUCACUACGAGCCAUGUCACGUGGUAAGUUAUUCCAGGAAAGAGAUCAACGGGAGAAAGAAAUGCUAAACCAAGGAUUCGUGCCAGCACGUGAUCAAACACAGCGAGCUACUUCACAUGACAAAUUAAUUCAGGAAGAAGAUCAACGAGAGAAAGAAAUGUUAAACCAAGGAUUCAAGCCACCACGUGAUCAAACACAUCAAGCUAUGUCGCAUGACAACUUGUUCCGCAAAAAAAAUCAACGAAAAAAUGCUUGAACGCAUGUACAAGAAACAACCGACUUAAAGAUAUCUUCAAAAUCCUUGUACUUCGUACCCAACCUACUGAACGUAUAUAUAAUUUGUAUUUUUAAGGAAUGAAGUUAUAUAAAUUAGCAUUAAAAACGAAAUUUGAUCCCUAGUAA